AGGGAGCUGAGAGCUGUGGUGAAGCAAAUCAAAAUACCUCCGCCCAAGGCGGAGGACGAAGGAUAACGUGGAAAAGGGGACGAUGUUGAUGUUGUUCAUGGGAAUGAAUUAAAAGAUGCAGAUGACUGGGCGCAGAAGCGGGACAUUUAUUUACCGAGGGAGUACGAUGGCAAUUCUACCUUAGACCAGUUUCCUUAUUAAAACCCCCACAACACAUACAUUCCACUCGCGUACAUCGCAAACUAUCUUUAGAAGAUUCAUCGGCACUGGAGGUUAAAUAUGAAGCAGCGAAUGGAUGGGAAAAGCGACCACAGGUGGAGCAACUACUCCGUAUGAUAAGGUCCAUUGCACGAACACAGAGCAGAGCACCGCAAGUUGCAGUUUACGAAACACAAAUAACAGCAAAACCAGAAAAACACAUGAUCAAUCAAAUGAGCUUAUAAGUAAGUAACGUGAAUUAAGGAUGGUAGAAGAAGCACUACCACGAAAUCUCACACACAUACGGACACACAACGGACACACACAAUAGAAGCACCAACAACCGAUGAUCUCAGACACACUAUAGCGAGCACUAGCGCCAGCGGCUGGAUAGGUUUCUUACGAGUGGAUUGAGGGAAUUGAAAGUCAAACAGAGGUAGAGGUGGGGUAUGUGGAAGAGGAUCAAAUGCGUUUAACGUUGCACGAACGAUCGAGCAGCUCCCCCACCCGGAGUGGGUGUGAUGGGAAGAGAGUGCACCAACGGAAGUGAGCAAACAUUUUGAUUGAUUGUUUGAUGUUCUUAUCUCAAGUUAAUGCCAGUCGGUGAGCGCCAGGAUAUGAUGCUGCUGCCAACAACCGAGGGGUAAUAUAAACUUUCCGUUGCAGGGAGAUGCUGCAACACGAGCGAUGGAGAGUUGCAUCCUGCGUGCAGAACUUUCAAAUUUGAACAUUGGAACGCAACCAGGAAGGAUGAGCGCCGUCGGAAAUGAUUGGUUGGGUUUCAAUGGGGGAUAUAAAAAAAAAUCUCUAAAAAAACUCCAAAGUUGAGAUUAUGAUGCCCCCGCCCGCCGAAGCUUUUUGCAUCCGUUUUACAUCCCUUUGCACUACGGUACCGCAAGGAUUGCAGAUGAAGCUGUUGUUUUCGCUUUUUGAAUGAUGAACUUGACUUUGAUGGGCUGGCUGCCGAUGAGGGAUGAUGAUUCACGACGUCGCAUCGCGUAUGAAAGCGAAUUCAACUGUUUUUUACUACUGCUUUUUGGUGAAGAGUUUCCUGUUGAAUGAGUUACCCGCCCUAUUCGGUUUAGUACAUUUCAUUAAAAGUUCGCCCUUUGUUUUACUCCGGAAAAAGUUAUCGCAUUCGGUGGUUGGUUUGGCCAACAUUUGGACUUUGGAGUUGUGACGGUAAUGUGACGAAAUUUCUGUGCUUCGAUAGUUUCGUGGUUGGGUUACUUGGAUUUGGGUUUCUUGGCAACCGAAUGCCUCGAAGGAGCCCAGGAAUGUCGUUAUGUCGCGCUCGUAUGAGCUGAUGGUGAAACGGUGUGGCCACACGGACCACGGACCCAAAUAAAUUUCGAGAGUAGUGUUCGAGUUCCGUUACCCUUCCGUAGCGGACUUUCACACCGUUCCCCAAGGAGAGCACGGGUUUUCAUCGAACUCAAUCGAUUGUCCCUUUGACAAUUUUCAGCUGGAAAUGCAUUUUCCUUGUUUUCCGGAUCAAUUCCCUCCCGAAUCUUGCGCGUGCCGGUACGGAGAUCAAGCAACGAACGACGGCCAGUAGUUGGUGGCCACUAGAGCUGGAUGGCAAAUAAAAAUGCAAUCCCAAACGAGGUCAGGGAAUUGAGAUUUAACGACAUACCAGCUCGCUCGGGGAGCACAACUUCGCUCGAACAUACAUAUCCUGCGCAACCGGAAACAACAAACGGAAGGCGGAGGCGGAGGUUUGGCCUCCAGCGGGAUUCCUUUUCAACGGUUUGAGUUUCGGUUGGCCACGGUUGGCGGUUUACCGUGUCGUGUGAAAAGUGGGUUCAUCUGGAGAGAAUGCAAAAGUUUUCCUUUUUUCCUUUCUUUGUGGCAUACGCGGGGAUCCUUCGAUAGAAUCGGGGUACAACGGAACAAACAGCGGAAAAGUGACCCAGAUGGCAAUGGUAAGGGGAUAGACCAUUAAGAUCGAAUAACGAAAGAACGUAAUCACUGACUAAGCGGCGUGGUGCGCUGGCGGUGAUGGCGGAACAUGAUCAAUCGAUCGGUAGCGAUCGGUGGCCUGUGGUUUGUUGAUUUUUAAACGAUUGGUACACAUUUUUACGAGUUAUUUUAGUUGGUAAGGAAACGUAAGGAAAAGAACUUCUUCGCCAUCGUCGUCGUCGAUGAUAUUUUAUUUUAUUUUAUGUGUUUGUAUUUUAUGACUGUCGCUCUAAAGACUAGCCGUUAAGUAGUGAAUUUAUUUUAACAUCGAUAGAUUCUGAUUUUAGUGUUUGGCGUAACUACCUAGUACAGCACGGUUGGUCGGGGCUGAUCGUACCGAUGGUGUAAAGAGAAGCAGCCCCUAUUGGUUAAGAACUUUGCAAUAAUCGAUCGCACGUGUGCAGUGUGAAUGUGUGCGAUUCAUUUAAAUAUAGAGCGAUUUAUAUGAGAAUGAGAGAGAGAGAGAGAUGGAAAGAAAAGGAGCAUCGUUGAAACAUAAAUGGAAAUAUAAGGAACAACAGCAUUGAAAAGAGUGCGUCACGUGGUUUAGUUUUCGCCAUAGUAUGAGGUUUUAUUUGCAUUAAAUAACCCCGAAAACAUAUGCAUUCAGGUACAAAGCAAUCCGCAGGUUGUACAAAAGAAUCCUUA